ACAACCGUACUCGAAAUGGAGCUGGUCACGACGACCGCGACGCUGGUGCUGAUGUUGACGCUGGUGGCGCUUAUGCUGCUGCUGCCGGCGCACGGCGUGAUGGCCCGGCGGCCGGAUGGUUCCGGGGGUGGAAACGGCGGCGCCGGGCCGAUGGCCGACCUGCUGCUGAUGAGCAGCGCCCGGAUGGUGCUGGCGCUGGCCGGGACGCUCGGCCGGCUCGGCUGGAUGUGGCUGCUGGUGGCGGUGCCAGUGGUCAACGCGGGUUAUCACGAGAAGCGACUGCUGCACAACCUGCUCGACAACUACAACGUGCUGGAGCGGCCCGUCGUCAACGAGUCCGACCCGCUGCAGCUGAGCUUCGGGCUGACGCUGAUGCAGAUCAUCGAUGUGGACGAGAAGAAUCAACUUCUGAUCACCAACAUUUGGCUGAAAUUGGAGUGGAACGACAUGAACGUCCGGUGGAACUCGACGGAGUACGGGGGCGUCCGGGACCUGCGGAUACCACCGCACCGCCUCUGGAAGCCCGACGUCCUCAUGUACAACAGCGCGGACGAGGGCUUCGACGGGACGUACCCCACCAACGUGGUCGUCCGGAACAACGGGUCGUGUCUGUACGUUCCACCUGGCAUCUUCAAGUCCACCUGCAAGAUCGACAUCACGUGGUUCCCGUUCGACGACCAGCGCUGCGAGAUGAAGUUCGGCUCGUGGACGUACGACGGCUUUCAGCUGGAUCUGCAACUUCAGGACGAGGGUGGCGGUGAUAUCAGCAGUUUCAUAACGAACGGCGAAUGGGAGCUGUUGGGCGUGCCCGGCAAGCGGAACGAGAUCUACUACAACUGCUGCCCCGAGCCGUACAUCGACAUCACGUUCGCGAUCCUGAUCCGCCGGAAGACGCUGUACUACUUCUUCAACCUGAUCGUGCCGUGCGUGCUGAUCGCGUCGAUGGCCCUGCUCGGCUUCACACUGCCACCGGACUCCGGCGAGAAGCUGUCACUCGGAGUCACCAUUCUGCUGUCACUCACUGUCUUCCUCAACAUGGUGGCGGAAACAAUGCCGGCCACCUCGGAUGCUGUGCCUCUGUUAGGAACCUAUUUCAAUUGCAUCAUGUUCAUGGUGGCCUCCUCGGUAGUGUCCACCAUCCUGAUCCUGAACUACCACCACCGGAACGCGGACACGCACGAAAUGUCGGAUUGGAUUCGCGUGGUCUUCCUAACCUGGCUGCCGUUCCUGCUCCGGAUGUCGCUGCCCGGGGACUCGCCCCCGCAUCCGUGCCGCCAGAACGUGGACGAAAAGAACAAACAGCUGCAGGAGGUCGAAAUGCGAGAACGGUCCUCCAAGUCCCUGCUCGCGAACGUGCUGGACAUCGACGACGACUUCCGGUGCAACCACCGGUGCAGCACGCUGCCGCACAAUCCGACCUACUACCGGACAAUGUACCGUGGGGACGAUGGUCCGAUGGGCCCGGGCGGCCCUGGCGGUGGCGGUGGAACCGAUACCAUCGGACGCAGUGGUGGCGGCGGCGGUGGCGUCGGCCUGGGAACGAUCAGUGCUGCCAGCGGGGUCGUCGGGGGACGACUGCACGAGACGGUUUCCUCGCACACCUGCCUGAGCUCGUCCGCCGAGUACGAACUGGCGCUGAUCCUGAAGGAGCUGCGGUACAUCACGGACUCGCUCCGCAAGGAGGACGAGUCCGGCGAGGUGACCCGGGAGUGGAAGUUUGCCGCGAUGGUGGUCGACCGGCUGUGCCUUAUCAUCUUCACCCUGUUCACGCUGAUCGCGACGCUGGCUGUAUUAUUCUCGGCGCCCAAUUUUAUAUUCUCAUAACAACCAUCGGCAUCAGCAGCAUCGUCCUCCUCGUCCUCCACUUCCGCCGCAACAACACCGACAACAACAACCCUCCUUUCCGCAACUACUGCUCCGACAACAACAACAACAACAACUGCGACUGCAACACAGGGUGACGUCGGCGUCGUCUCGUGGAUCCUGCUCGGCGGAACGCUCGCCACCGUUACGGUCGUGCUGGUUGCGGCCCUGGCCACCCUCGCCCUUCUCCUAGCACUGGCCCUGGUCCUGCUCGGCAACGGGACGCUCACGCAACUACUCGCGGUGACUGAUUACAAGUUAAGAAAAUAUGUUCACAUUUUCGUAAAGAAUUUUAAAUUGAUUAACGACGCGUAAGGACGGCGCCGCCAUCUUGAAAACAAAGGAGGCGCGCGCGCGCGCAAAAUGUAAACAAACACGCAGCAAUGGAGGGCUAACUAGAGUGACAGCUAAAGAUACAAAAGACAGACGGUUUUAACACACAGUUACACGUUACACUCGACGACAUCGGAAGAAAUACAAAAAAAAAAACAUUUUCUCGUCUACUUUUUUAGACUUUUCCUUUUUAUAUAAGUAAGGGAAGCGUGAAAGUAAACAAAAAAAAACUAGCGGCGAACGGCGACCGAAACGUAGUGAAAACAGUUGAAUUUUUACCUUUUUAGAUGAGUUGACUCACGAGACAGUGUAUACUAUAAACAAAAGUCGUAGCAAAUUACUGAAUUCAAUCCGGUUUCUAUUUACAGUGAAACGAACAGAAAAUCAAACAAAAACUAAACACACGCUCACUCGCGUGAUUGAUUGAUUGUACAUAACUGAUAGAUUUUAUUAGACAAAUUAAACACCACUCACUCACAUUUAACAAUCGUCUAAUCCCCACUUCUAGCAAAAAAAAAAAACAAAAACAAACCAUGUUCUGUAAAUAAUUUUAAAC